AAGCGUUUCGUUCCUCUCCGCGGUUAGGGUUCGUCGUAGCCGCCAGGGGUUCCGUCGCUGCAGAGAGAGGUAAACGAUGGCUCCUCCACAGUCGAACACCGGCUUAUUUGUUGGCCUGAACAAGGGUCAUAUUGUUACCAAGCGGGAGCUGGCUCCUCGCCCUUCUAGCAGAAAGGGGAAGACAAGCAAAAGAGUGCAUUUCGUCAGAAAUAUAAUCCGUGAAGUUGCUGGAUUUGCUCCUUAUGAGAAGAGGAUUACUGAGCUCCUUAAAGUCGGGAAGGACAAGCGAGCAUUGAAAGUAGCAAAGCGCAAGUUGGGUACACACAAGAGGGCCAAGAAGAAGCGUGAGGAGAUGGCCAACGUUCUGAGGAAAAUGAGGUCUGCUGGAGUGAGCGAUAAAAAGAAGUAAAGAUGAUUGAUGAUUGCCAUGGCUGUAGCAGAAGCAGCACCCCAGGAUUUGGACCUUUUAGGAUGUGCGACUUUUCUAGCUUCUCUCUCAUUCCCUCCCUGUUACAGUUUUUGAGUUAUUAUGUCGAAACCUUAAUGCGGGUGUGCUUCUCGGAAAGAUGCAUGUUUGAUUAAUGUUAUCAUCAUUGAAUGUUGGUUUUAUGUUAUUAAUGUAGUGUUGUUGCACUUCUUUUUAAUCUGAAAAGAACAAUGGAAGAGAAACUAGAUUUUG